CGAGUGUUUCGGAUCUCCGAUCACGACAUCGACUCCGAAGACUGUUUGACAGUAUCUGAAAGACAACGCGUUUUGCUCUUCCAAUUGGAAAGUCUUCACUCCAUUGAAAGAGGAGUGUUGUUUGGAUACCCGAAUGUCAAGCUAUAUCCGGGACAGUCUAUCCUGCAAGUCUGUCAGCGCGAGAAUAUUAUCACCGAAUACUUCCCACUCCACGAGUCGUCAACUUUGGACGAACUCAAGAAGAAGUGGUGCUUUUCGUGGAAGAAACAGCCAAUUCACGAUAUUCGUAACUAUUUUGGAGAGAAGAUUGCAUUUUAUUUUGCAUUUUUAGAGUUCUAUACUUAUAGUCUAUUAAUUCCGGGAUUGUUUGGAUUCUUUCACUUCCUAUUUCUCGACGAAAUGAAUAUAUUUUGCGCUCUUUUUUAUAUGCUUUGGAUUCCCGUAUUUCUCGGACAAUGGAAGAGAAAGUCCAAUGACUUGGCCUUCAGAUGGGGAACCAUUGGUGACGUGCAACUGGAGGGCCCGCGACCAACAUUUCGCGGCAAAACCAUGAAAACUGAUCCCAUAACCAAACAAUUGACU